CCCAUCCCGAUGCGCUCACGGAGCCCAAACCGACGCAAGUGGUCGAGCCCAACCCGGAACGACCCGAGCCGGAACAAGAGUCCGAUGCGACGCACGCACGCACGCGCUCGCUCGCCGAAUCGAGUAGCCGAGUACUAGUGUUUGUUGAGGCGGGGUCCCUCAGCUCUGGAGUCUGGACUCUGGACGCCGCGCCCGAACAGGCCACAGCGCAGGCCGCAGGGGGGAGGAGAGCGAGCUGGGUGAGUCCAAAGGGGAAGGGGGGGAGGCGAAUGAGCGAGGAGGCGGCGGCGCGGGCGGGAGUGGAGGAGUCCAUCGGGCGGCGGCGGGAGCGGGAUGAGCGCGGGCUGGCGGCGGGGCGGGUGUGGGAGUUCGAGCGGGAUCUGGUGGCGGGGGCGGUGAUGGGGGGCGCGGUGCACACGGUGGUGGCGCCGAUCGAGCGCGUCAAGCUGCUGCUGCAGACGCAGGACGGCAACGCCGCGCUGCUGGGCAGGGCGCGCAGGUUCCGGGGGUUCGCCGACUGCGUCGCGCGCACCGUCCGGGACGAGGGGGUGCUCUCGCUCUGGCGCGGCAACGGCACCGCCGUCAUCCGGUACUACCCCUCCGUCGCCCUCAACUUCUCGCUCAAGGAUCUGUACAGGAGCAUAUUGAAAGAUGCCGGAACCUCAGCAGACAAUAAGUUUGCUUCUAUCGCUCUUACCAAUUUCUUUGCUGGGGCUGCUGCCGGAUGUACUACCCUGGUCCUCAUAUAUCCGCUCGAUAUUGCUCAUACUCGUCUUGCUGCGGAUAUUGGCCGGACAGACACCCGCCAGUUCAGAGGCAUUCGCCAUUUCAUCCAAACCGUAUACAAGAAAAAUGGCAUCAGAGGCAUCUACAGGGGAUUACCAGCAUCGCUCCAUGGGAUGGUCGUCCACCGGGGCCUGUACUUUGGCGGCUUUGACACUGCCAAGGAUGUUCUGGUGCCUCUGGAGUCCCCCUUGUGGCAGCGCUGGGUUGCAGCGCAGGCCGUAACGUCCAUGGCAGGGCUUAUCUCCUACCCACUGGACACCGUGCGGCGGAGGAUGAUGAUGCAGUCGGGGAUGGAGGUACAGAUGUACAGCAGCACCCUCGACUGCUGGAGGAAGAUAUACAGGCUGGAGAGUGUUAGGUCGUUCUACCGCGGGGCGCUGUCUAACAUGUUUAGGAGCACUGGUGCGGCUGCCAUACUCGUUUUAUAUGAUGAGGUCAAGAAGUUCAUGGAUAGGGGUAGGUUGUAACAGCUAUAGAGGGGUUCUUUACGGAUUUUUGGAUUCAACAUGGGGGGAUGGGAUUAGGCCAAAGGUACAGGGAGCAGCAGCUCGAGCAUUUUGUAAUUGGAUGCUGGUUUCCUACUUCUUACUAACCAGUUUGAUGCAACUGAGCCUCAUGGUUCUAAACAAUGUAGCUUGUUCAUUUCACCUUGUGGUAGAUCUUCUUCUCUUUUAUUA